CACAGAACCUGUACAAGCAUAUAUGUGACGUCUAAUACGCACAACAGGCUGAUUGGAUGCAUAUCUUGAAUCUUAGACGGAGGAACUGUUUAGCGGUCAGUCAUGAACGAGUUAUCAUCACCAUCACGCCUCCCUAUGCCCUCGUCGAACUCGCAGCUGCCCAAGAGAGAUGCCUCCAAACGGCGGAGCUUGCUGCUUCCACCAGGAAGUAUUGCAGGCGCUGCGAGAAAGGGCUCUUCAUUCCUCGCAGAGGAAAAGCCAACAAAACAACGGCCAAUGUCGAUGAUAGCUCCCAAUCAGACCACAAGUUACUUGACCAGUGGUAGGCUGAACGAAGAAGAUGAAGAGGAGGAACAAUCACCGGAGAGCAGAGAUCGGGCGAGAGCGGAAGCUCAUGCUGCGCUGAUGGGUGGAGCAAAGACACAGUCACGAGCGAGUGCUGCAGCGCCAAAACCCGGAAUCGAACGCUCAACCUCAGUACGGGUCCCGGGUGUUGGCAGAACUGCGACUGGAAGAAAGCAAGAUUCAAUACAGCCGAGGUCUAUGGCAAGAGACGCGUCAGGGGUGAAGGAUAAAGAUGCACGGCCAGAAUCUUCAUUAUCAACGACAUCAAGGAGUACUGGGGAAGGUCCUACGUCUCGCCUGCGAGCUCCAGCGCCAUCUUCAGUCUUCAGCAAUAAAAAUGGUCUCAAGAGAUCCGCAACAACUACUACAGCGAGACACUCCCGUACACAGAGCGCCCUCCACCCGCCGUCGUCGUCCAACAGCACGCAACUACGAUCAGACAUUCGCCGCCAUCCUACCAUCUCAGAAGGCAGCGAGUCGCGACUUCAACGUCCUGCAUUUUCCACAUUGCAACAGCACUACUCGCCCAAGAAAAACCUCGCGCCGAAACCCGCGAGUUCAACGCUGAUCCACCCGCAACCUAGCGAGACAAGCUCCUCGCCUUUGACACUAGACAUCCAACUGCUUCAAACUCGACUUCUCCAACUUAGCAUUCUACACCGUCAGGCUGAACCUGCACUCCAAGCCUGGUCUGCGUCCGCAAAACGCAAGCUGAAACACAAAUUCACCGAUGUGGCUGCCGAAUGUGAAGUCGUGCAGCAGAAGGAGAAGGAAUGGCAACGCCAAAAAAAUGUCGCUGCAUUGAAAGAGUGGAGUAAUGGAGACCUUGGCUUACUUGCCGAGAACGUUGCGACACUGAGUAACGUUAUCAACGAGAUUAUGCAUUUAAUUGAGGGUGGAGGGCGCGUUCAACAGACCCUUGACGUUUUCGAGGCUUGGAUCACAUGGGUAGAGGCUAUAUACAAUAACCGCGAUCAGCACCGGCAGGCUCAGUCCGAGUUUAUAACGGGAUUAGGGGAUGGAUGGAGAAAUGAGAUUGCAGCGUUGUUGAGGAAACUAGCCGGGUUGGUCAGGCAACUGGAUGGGCUGGGCAGCGGCCAAGAAAGCAGCAGCUUGAAUGGAAUGCUGAACGGGCUUAGGAUGUUGACUAGAGGGAUCAUCGAAGAAUUGAAAGCGCUGGAGGCGUUGGAGAGCGCGGUGGUCAGGAGGGAAGGGAAAUGGGUGGACAAGCAGAUUGAAGGCUUAGAAAGAGAGAUUGAAGCCCUCGUCGCAUGAGAUGAAUCCAAGCAUGGCUUCUAUCACGUUCUGCUGUCAUCCUGUGUUCAUUUUAUGACUUUAUUAGUGCACUUGGUACUAUAUACACCUGCAGUGGCGAACGAAAUCACUGAUGGUAGAACUUCUGUCGAUUCCGCCUACGCCACAAACUCGUCAUGC